AUGCGAUUGCACGAGAGUGAAUACAUACGGGACGAGAGAAGGUACGAACAUGGCGAGUAUAUCGCCUUGAGCCAUGUUUGGGGACUAGGCAAAGGUAUUCCGAAGACAACUUUGGCAACGCUGCAGUCGCACAAGAAGAGCAUACCAUGGUCAACACUGCCAAGAGCGUACCAAGAGGCCGUCUUCCUCACACGGGCACUUGGUUUCCGUUGGCUGUUCAUCGAUAGUCUCUGCCUAAUACAAGAUGACGUCCAAGAGAAGCUUGAAGAUUCGCUAAAGAUGGACGAGAUCUUCGGAAACGCAUUCCUGACAAUCGCGGCAACAUCCGCAUCCGACAGUAGUACCCAACCCCUCUUUCCUCCCAAGACGCAGCCAUUCAAGAUACAAGCAACAGAUCAUAAAGGCUCUUUGCAUAAGAUAAACGUGAGGGAACAACCGAGCCACUACAGUUUCAAAGCACCUUUUGACGGAAACGCUCAUAUGAACGAGUGGGAGUUACCUUUCAACAUGUCCGAAGAAGCGAACCUACACACACCACUCUUGAUUCGCGCAUGGCCAUACGCUGAACGUCUACUUUCGCCAAGGGUGCUACACUUUACGAAAAGCGAAAUGAUAUUGGAAUGUCGAGAAGGUUAUCAAUGCGAAUGCGGGCGCAUCGACGAAAGUACCUAUGACUCGCGGCCGAAUGACCAGGUCAAGCAAGAGUUUGGCAGAGUCAUAGCCGAAACACUCAACAGACCACAGCAAGCCAAUAGCAACGGCAAUAUGGGCCACACCAGGACAGAUAGCAUGACAAACCAACUGGCCUCUACACAUCUCACCAAUGGUGCUCAGCAGGACUUGUUGCGCAGACGUGAAGAGACGCUCCAAUUGUGGUCAUAUAUCAUAACUGAAUACACUGCACGGCACCUCACAUACGACAGCGAUCGCCUGAUAGCAAUAGCAAGCAUUGCAAAAGCCCUUUCUCCGACUCUGCAGUCAGGAUACAUAGCAGGACAAUGGACGUUCAGCACUCUCGGGCUUCUCUGGUAUCCUAAUGACAGCUCCCGAUGCCGUCGGCCGAAACUCGCACAAGGACAGAACGUGCCAAGCUGGUCUUGGGCCUCAGUCGAAGGCUCACCAAUCUUCUUCGACAACACAAGCGCAAUGGAUCUCGCGUGCAGAGCUUCCUUCGGUCCGAAAGGAAAGCGUGCCAGUGCCUGGUCCCCUAUCAUGGGUGAACCUCUCGAGCUUUCAGGGGCCAUGGCCGCCGAGGUUAUCUUCCACACAUCUACAUCGGCAUCAUCAGAACAAAAGACUUCGUACAUCCUAGCGAAAAACGGCAUGGCUGUCGACUUUACACCAGACAUCGUACCACCUCGAGGCGAAGACACGCUGCAAGACGGAGAAACUCUUGUUUGCGUUCUCGUCAGCAUGACAUUCCGCUCCUCCAUCGUUGGAAUCGUGCUCAAGCCAUCACCUGGAAACAACACUUACCGCCGCGUUGGACGUCUAGAAUGCUACGAAUGUACACCUGAAGGCAUUGAGCAAGAGAUGAGCGAAGACGCUGAAGCAUUGUUUGAGCAUUGGUUCCCUGAAAUUCAGGAUAUGACACAAUUGGACAAUUAUCCGCAGCGCACUUUUACUGUUGUUUGA